UCUUUCUCUCUCUCUCUGUAUAUGUGUAUGCAUAUGUGUGUGUCUCUCUCUGUCUCUCUGUCUCUGUCUAUGUCUGUAUCUACGUGUGUGUGUGUGUGCGCCUGUUCGCAAUCCGGCGAUAAGUAUGGAACUGUACAUAGAAACAUUAUCAGGAACCAGCUACGAACUGCGUGUAUCACCGUUUGAACCCAUCAUCUCUGUCAAGGCCAAAAUACAGAGACUGGGAGGAAUUCCCAUGUCACAGCAACACCUCAUCUGGAGAUCAACCGAGCUGGAGGACGACUUCAGUUUGGCUGACUACAAGGUCCACAAUGGAGCCACACUCCGGCUGGUUUUGGCAAUGAGGGGUGGACCCAUCAACACCCGCAGAAUACCCAUUGAAGACCCCGCAAUUAAGGAGAUGGCUGAAUACAUGGACUCUAACAAGGAUGAAUUUGGGACCAAUCGACAGCUGACCCUUCUGGUUUUCCGAGAAGGGGACCAACUGAAUUUCUUCCGAGUCAUGGACAGAGGUGACGGGACCCUAACACCACUUUCGGAAUCUCUCAGCGGGACAUCUGUGUACAACCUGAAUGAUGACGAAGACGAUGACGAUGGUGCGACGAAGGAGAAGAAAGAUGAAAAUGAUAGACUGAAAGUAAAGGUGAAUGAACUCCGCGUCAAGAUGGAACAGCUUAGCCUGACAAAGAAGUUAACGUCAUCACGACAAGUCACAGUACGUAGCCCGCAGCCACCACCCAACCACCAGGUACCCUCUAACCGUCCAGUUGCACAGCAUCGUUUCCCUACGAGGGGAGACAACCUACCGAAAGUCGGAACCCUCAACCAGAAGCCUUUACUGCCUCCGCUGGGUAAGACUUUCUCUACAUCGAACAGUAAGCUCUCAGCGGUGGAUCCUAACUCUGGCUCGGAUCCAGAGAGAUCUGGAACGCCGGGACAUCCUUGGCAAAUUGCAAACAUGAACACCAAUUCCGGCUUUGGAGCAAGCCAAGUUGAUUCAUCAGUAUUGGCAGGUAAAAAACUUCCUUCCUCCGAAUCGGGAGGAUAUGGUAGUCGGUCAGGCAGGGUUGCGAACAUCGCAAAGGGUCCUAUACGCAAGGCCCUGAGGUUUGUGACCCCUGAACAUACGAGGGACGUUUGUGCAAAGCACAGGAGCCUCGAUCCUCUAAAAACAUCUGAGAGAACACACACUUGCAGAGACACAGCUACCCCGCGAUGGGAGCUGAAGCCGCCGCCAGCCGGUUCGGGUAUUGGCAGGGGUGGCAGACAAAGAGCCACCUCGACCACGCCCAACACAACUGAUUCCACCAACCUCCUUCUCUUAAAUCACUCCAAGAACACCUCAGAACUGAUGCCAUCUGCAAGACUUAAAUUUAUUCCAUCUUCAACUUGUCUUUCACCAACCGAGAGCUCUUCUGCGAAUAGGUUACAUGCCGAUGGUAGUUUCAACCUUGACCCAAACUGUAACCCUAACUCUACGUCUAGCCCUCACUCUCGUCCUAGCUCAAGCUCUAGCAAUAACAUCAAUCAUAACCCGAAUCCUAACCCAAAUUCUAAUCUUUAUUCCAACAACCACUUGUCCGAAGUAAUAUCCGAACAUUCUCUUUUACCGGAAAAACACAAAAGCAGCAUUCUGUCGACACCGACUGACCAUCUAGACGAACUGGCCUUAUUCUCGUCUGUUGGUCAGUCGGCCUUCAUCUCAGCAGAAGAACUGGUUUCACAUCCACAGCCAUCAGUUGACCAGCAUUUUUGUCGGUCGGCAGCGUCUGGAAUGGGGCCAGGCGAACAGAGCAAAGACUUUUUAGUUAGCAGUGGCUUGCCGGUUAAAGAACAUCUCCCUGCUGUCAGUGGAACAUUCCGGCAAGCCUCGUUCGAAAGGUUGGUGCCUUCACAUACAGGAAUAUUUCUAAACCAUGGUUCCAAGGGUAAUUCCAUAACAAAGUCUGGGACGAACAAUUUAUCUCGAAAUACACAAGUAUUGGAAGAACCCACAUUGUCCUGCCAAUUACAGCGGGUCUCUACAACACAUGAACUUCCAUCCCCUCGGCUAUCAUCAGCAAGCAGUCAGCGCCACCUACCUCCAGUGAAGUCGAUAAAGAAAUCCUCAAAACGAUGCCUGACCUGUAGUAAGAAGACGGGGCUAGCAUCCAGUUACCUGUGCAGGUGCGGCAACAACUUCUGCUCUGCGCAUCGAUACGCUGAGACUCACGACUGCACAUUUGAUUACAAAGCUGAGGGUCGGAAAAUCAUCAGACAGAACAACCCUGUAAUAAAGGCGUCGAAAUUGCCGAAAAUUUGAGAAACACACACACACACAUGCAUACAUAUAUUGAAAAAAAAAAGAGAAAAGAAAAGGAAUAAUUUAAAUGAAAUAAAAUCAGCAGAAAAAGAAAACCCCCACCAAAUAAAAAUACUUCAAAAAACGGCCCCUUAAAAAAACUUUCUCCACCUCGCCACUUAACAUGCCAAAAAAAAAACAAAACAAAAAACAAGAGAACCCCCUCCCCCAAAAAACUAGAGGCUACACCCACCGGUCAGUUGAAAGUAUCGCAUAAA